GGCGGGACCUCGGGCGCUGCGGCGCGGUGACCCGAGUCACAUUCCCCCGGGGCAGCGACGGCAGGGCGCCCACUGCCCGGAGCAGGAUGUAUGCCCUUUGUAGCUUUCUAGCCUGAUUGUGCUGGCUGGAAUCUACAGGACAGCGUUGAACGGGAGUUGAUUAAUAUUAAAGUUGGAAGCGUGCAUCUUUUGCUGGAUAUUGGAAAUUGAGUGUAAUGGCAACAGAAUUUAUAAAGAGUUGCUGUAGGGGAUGUUUCUAUGGUGAAACAGAAAAGCACAACGUUUCUGUGGAAGCUAAAACAGCAGUCUCAAGUAGUCAAAAUACUGCCGUCUGUGUCCCUCCAUUGACGUCUGUUUGUGUAAAGCCUCAGGUUGGCUGUACUGAGGAUUAUUUACUUUCCAAGUUACCAUCUGAUGGCAAACAAGUACCAUUUGUGGUGCCCAAGUUUAAGUUAUCGUAUAUUCAGCCCAGGACGCAAGGAACUCCUUCACAUCUAGAAGAACUUGAAGGAUCGGCCAGAGCAUCUUUUGGGGAUCGAAAGGCAGAACUUUCCGGCUCCUCCCACCCUGGAUCCAGCUAUGACGUGUACAACCCGUUCUAUAUGUAUCAGCACAUUUCCCCAGAUCUGAGUCGGCGCUUUCCCCCUACUGCAGAAGUGACAAGACUGUAUGGAUCAGUUUGUGAUUUAAGGACCAACAAACUCCCUGGUUCCCCCGGGCUAAGCAAGUCUAUGUUUGAUCUUACAAGUUCAUCACAGAAGUUCAUGCAGAGACAUGAUUCACUGUCCAGUGUGCCUAGCAGCUCUUCAUCGAGGAAAAAUUCUCAGGGGAGCAACAGAAGCUUGGAUACGAUUACUCUGUCAGGAGAUGAAAGAGAUCUGGGGAGAUUGAAUGUGAAGGUGUUUUAUAAUUCUUCAGCAGAGCAAAUCUGGAUCACAGUAUUACAGUGCAAAGAUCUAAGUUGGCCCUCUAGUUAUGGCGACACUCCUGCUAUCUCUAUAAAAGGAGUCCUAACAUUGCCCAAACCAGUGCAUUUCAAAUCUUCAGCCAAGGAAGGCUCCAAUGUAAGUGGCUGUUUGUGUUUGAAUUUCUUUUUAUGUUUUUCUCAUGUUUGUUACUUUAACUCAUGGAAGGAAUUGGAAUUAAAAAAGUGUUUUAUUUUAGGAAAACUACAAAUUAUGUACCCCCUGCUUUUUAAUGACAAUUUUGAGCCUUACUAGUAAAAGUACUUGAUACUUCAUUGUCCAGUAUUAAGGUGCAUUUAAAAAGAAAAUUUUAAUCACUAAAAUACAUAGAAGAU